GUAACACCAGAAUAACAGUUAAUACCUUAGGAUGCUUAGAACCUAGUAUAGGUAGAAAGUCUAGUAGCCAGAAGCAGACAUCAUAGAUGCAGUUAGUGCUGCGCAGUGUGUCUCGUUGUGUCUGAGCGUGCAGAUUCAAAAUCAUCGUAAAUCCAACUAGAUUCUAGUUACUAAAUACAUACAUACAUUAGCAGAAGUGAUUCGUACAUACACGUGAAGAUAAAAUGGCGGACGGAGUACGAACAUUUGAACUUCAACUUAAUAAAUUAUCUGGUAUUUAUGCACCAGGAGAAACAUUACGGGCCAGAAUUUUUUUAGAUCUUUACAAACCAAAAUGUAUUAAAGCUCUCAGAGUAUUAAUAAAAGGAAUAUGCAAUGUUAAUGAUAGGCCAAAAACUACACGAGGACUAAGUGAAUCUGUGUUAGCUGAAGAAAUAUAUUUCGACAGCAAUGUACUUAUUUGUGGUGGAGAUGAAGAAAUUACGAUUCCGAUUGGUGAAAAUUACUACCUAUUGAGUUAUGAAUUGCCUGAAAAUGUUCCAACUAGUUUUAGCCAUAAAUUCGCAUCAGUCAGAUACAUCAUAAAAGCUGUAUUGGAAGACCUUGAGAAAUCCACCCAUGAAGCUCAUGCUUAUCUCCGUAUUGACGCUCCUUUGAAAUUAGAAGAUUUAAAUCUGACUCCUAUAGAUGAUACUGAUGCAAGAAAUGUUAGCAAAUUUUUGCCAUGUUUCAUAAAUGGCUACGUACGAUUCCGUUUCCGACUUCCACAGAAUGGAUUUAAUUGCCACGGAAAGAUACCUCUGAAGAUAAAUUAUAUUAACAAAUCCAGAACAGUAGAUAUUAAGAAGAUGACAUGCUCUUUGAUUCAAUACAUAACAUUCCACAGUAGUGCACCAUUUCACAACAAACGAACUAAAAAAAGAGUCGUUGAGACUGUAACACAAACAGGCGCAUUUCCAAAGGAAUAUGAAGGAACAAUGGAGUUAAAAGUACCUGAUGUACCAGUCUCUUUUUUUAAAUAUUGCAAAUAUAUUGACGUUGAUUAUCAGCUACAUGUCACUGUUUCAUUUAAUGGAUGUAAUUUUAAACUAAAGAAAAUAUACGACGUUGUCAUCGCAUCGAGCCUCCGAGAAUUUUACGAUUCAAAAUUUUUCUUUAUUGAAGAUAAAAAUACAGUUUAUGCAUCAGCCAAAUCAUCUAAUCAAAUUUCUACACACCGCAGUCGGAAGCCGGAUGUCAUUGACAAUUCCCAUGUAGCUGAAUUUCCCCCAUCAUAUGAUUCAAUUGUGUCCGAUCAUCAUGGAAUUAAUCACGAUGAUUAUGAAGGAAGCCAAAAUUAUCAUGUCGAUGGUGGUCAUCAUCAUCUAGAUAAUGAUAAUCACCAUCAUGUAGAUAAUAGUAAUCAUCAUCAUGUAGAUAAUAGUAAUUAUCAUCAUGUAGAUAGUUAUCAUGGUUGUCAUGAUGGUGGUUAUAGUGGUGGCUACGAUGGUGGUUAUGAUGGUGGUGACGAUGGUGGAUAUGAUGGUGGAGACUGAAAAAAAUAUAUAUCAAUCUCUGUAUAUAUUUGCAUACGUUUUACCACAGUAGGCAAAUUCAAUUUUUUUUUAUCUUCAUGUAAACGAGACGUGUGAAUUUAUGGUUAAUUUUUCGACAAUAUUUGAGAAACAAUUAUUGUUUGAUCAAAGUAAACUCAAU